AUGGAGGACGCGUUGUUUGAGACCGAGUACGACGUCGUCAUCGUGGGCACGGGCAUCGUCGAGUCCAUCGUCGCGGGCGCCCUCGCCCGCGCUGGCCAGAAGGUGCUGCAUCUGGACACGAACGACUAUUACGGCUCCAACUUUGCCUCGCUCAACUUUGACCAGUUUAACGUGUGGAUGGACGCGCCGAUUGACGACGAUGCGCCAUUCGCCUCGACGUUUCGCUGCACGCGUCUCCAUGACGCCCGCGCCGACGGCUUUGCGCCGCGCUCCAAUGCGUUUAGCUUGGACAUUCAGCCCAAGGUGCUGCUUUCGUCCAGCCCGCUCGUCGACGUCCUCGUGCACUCGGGCGUCGGCCGGUACCUCGACUUUAUGGCCAUGCACGAGACUUGCAUGUUUACGCCGCAGCCGCCGCACCCGCCCGUGUGGCCAGUGCCAUGCUCCAAGACCGAUGUCUUCAAGAGCCGACUCUCGGUGCUGGAGAAGCGCCACUUGAUGAAAUUCCUCCAAUUCGUCGCCGACUACGGUAACUCCGAGGGCGACGACGAUGCGACGACGCUCAACGAGCGCGACCUCGCGGUGGGCCGCGCGCUGAAGCGGCCCCAAAACAAGCGCGAUCAAAAGAACGCGCUCGGCGCGCUCGACAGCGCCACCGACUUUAACGUCGUCUUGCACGCGGUGCUGCUCCUCACGACGGCGCCCACCGCGCCGCUAUCGCCGACGCAAAGUCUGGAUCGCCUCUACGGUUUUCUCUCGUCCAUCGGCCGCUUCGCGCCGUCGCCGUUCCUGACGCCACUCUACGGGAUCUCGGAGGUGGCACAAGCCUUUUGCCGUCUCAGUGCGGUGUACGGUGGCAUCUACUACCUCCGCGCGCCUCUGAAUGGCAUCGUCACGACGCCAGAGACCGUCGCGACGGCGCUCACCACGUCGACGCGCGAGAAGAAGACGUGGAAAGGUCGUCACUUUGUCUUGAACGCCAUGUACGCAUCCUCGUACGGCGUCACGCCACACUCGACGACGAAGCUCUUGCGCGGGAUCUUCCUGCUUCCGGGCACGCGCCCGCGCACGGUGCUGAUUGUGCCACCAAAGACGGUUCUACAGCACCCGUUCGCCAUGCACAUCAUCUCCCUCGAUGGCACCACCGCCGUGUGCCCGGCCGAGCACACGCUCGUGCACGUCUCGACGAUCGUGGACGCAAUGCCGAACGAAGCGAUGGUGCACCUCCUGCAACACGUUCUCGCGUCGUCGUUCCCGGACGCGCCGCCGGUCUGGGAAACCGUCUUCACGCUGCCCGUCUACGCCGCACCACCGCCGCCACCAUCGUCGUCAUCCGAAGCCUCUGCGCAAACGACGACGAGCCCGCGGAACGUGCACGUGUGCGGCGUCCAGACGUCUCCCAUGGCGCUCGAAUCCGUCCUCGAGUCGGCGGUCGACGAAGCGAAAGCCAUUUUUGAAGCCAUUUGCCCCGGCGCCGAGUUCCUCCCAAAGUCCGCGUCGGCCGAGCAAGCCGAGAUGGAAGCCGCGACCGAGAACGACGAGACGGCGCAGCUAUUGCAAGCCGCGACCAACCUCCUGCACAUGAACGACGACGACGACAAGGUGGUCGCCUCGACGCCAGAGGUCGUCGGAAACCCCGCGCCCACGACGAGCUACGACCUCUAG